AUGGCUAUGCUAGGUGCCUCAUCCCGCUCGUCAAUUUCCUCAAACCUUGUUACGGAGUCUACCAUGACAGACAUAGUUCCCAGACGCGCACCUUCUUUUCGGCCUGGGACUUCCAUCGACGAAAACAAUUGGACAGUGACGGAUUUUUCAAUGCUUGAGGAGGAUGAAACAAAUCCUUUUCACUCUCACUGGGAAACGACAGUGGCUCAGAAGCCCCGAGAUAGUCUUCGCGGAGCCGACAGACUGGUACAAGAUUUGAUGGCUACUCGAGCACGCCUAGAGGAAGAAAAGGAAAAAGUUGCGCAAAAGGAUGCCUAUAUUGCGCAAAUAAACGAAAAGUUAGGACAACUCGUGGACAAAGCUCACGGCCAUCUCCAAAAUAGCAACGCGGCAGUGACAAAGGAACAGCAAGUUGAACGGAUUGGCGUACUGCAGCCAGCUCUUGAUGAGGAAGUGAACGAACUGCGGAGACUUUUGGAAUUUCACAAAACUAAUGGAGAACGAGUAUCGAGGCAGUGUCAAGAUCUGCAGGCUGCCAACAAGGACCUCCAGCUCUCGCUGCAGGCCACCGAAAAGAUGCUUGAAGAACAGACAGCACUGAUUUCGGGGUUGGGGCUACAGCCUAAUCGCAGGAAGUUUUGA